AUGGUGGGAAAGUUUUCCCUCAGAACUCUAAAUAAGCCUUAUGAAUGCAAUCAGUGUGGAAAGACUUUUACAGAGAGUUCCAAUCUUGUUAUACAUCAAAGAAUCCACACUGGAGAGAAACCUUUUAAAUGUAAUCAAUGCGGAAAGGAUUUUACACAGAGGGGCAAUCUUGCUUCACGUCAGAGAAUCCACACUGGAGAGAAACCUUAUCAAUGCAAUCAGUGUGGAAAGGCUUUCACACAUAUGGCCACUCUUGCUGCACAUCAGAGAAUCCACACUGGAGAGAAACCAUACCAGUGUAAUCAGUGUGAAAAGGCUUUCACACAGCGAAACAAUCUUGCUGUACAUCAGAGAAUCCACACUGGGGAGAAACCUUACGUGUGUAAACAAUGUGGAAAGGUUUUCAGGCAGAGCUCCAAGCUUCCUGCACAUCAGAGAACUCACACUGGAGAGAAACCUUUUCAAUGUAACCAGUGUGGAAAGGCUUUUACACAGAGGAGCCAUCUUGCUGCACAUGAGAGAAUCCACACUGGGGAAAAGCCUCAUGAAUGUAAACAGUGCAGAAAGGCUUUCACAGACAGUUCCAAACUUUCUACACAUCAGAGAAUCCAUAAGGGAGAGAAACCUUAUGAAUGCAAUGAAUGUGGAAAGACUUUCACAUAUAGCUCCACACUUACUAAACAUCAAAAAAUCCACACUAGUAAAGACAUGUUUCACCAGGUCUUUUCUCAUGAUGUCACCAAAAGCAUAAUUCAAAAUUACUGCUAA